UUGACAAAGCUAUUUGUUCCCUUACCUAGCUAGCUUUUUUUUUUUUUUGCGGGUCCCUUACCUAGCUAGCUAGCUAGACGCACGAGUUGGCGGCCGGCCAUGAAGGGCGCCAUCUUUCUCCUUUGGGUUGUGGUGGUGGGGCUCGUCGGUGCUGUCACGGCGCGGCGGCCGGUGGUGCCGGCGAUGUUCGUGCUGGGGGACUCCACGCUGGACGUCGGCAAUAACAACCACCUGCCUGGUAAGGACGUGCCCAGGGCCAACCUGCCCUUCUACGGCAUCGACUUUCCCGGCGGCGCCAUUGCCACCGGGAGGUUCAGCAACGGCUACAACAUCGCCGACUUCGUCGCGAGGCAGCUGGGAUUCGAGAGGAGCCCUCUGGCUUACUUGGUGCUGAAAUCACGCAACUACCUCAUCCCCAGCGCUCUCACGAGAGGUGUUAGCUACGCCUCGGCUGGAGCUGGCAUCCUCGACUCCACUAAUGCGGGGAAUAACAUCCCGUUAUCGGAGCAAGUCCGUUAUUUUGCGGAGACAAAGACAAAGAUGGAGACUGCGGCUGGCAGAGACAAAGUGUCCAGGCUACUUGCACGCUCCUUCUUCCUCGUCGGCGUUGGCAGCAACGACCUCUUCCAGUCCACGGCGACCACCCAGGGCGAUGUCAUUGCGCUCUACACCACCCUCAUCUCCAACUACACCGCAGCGAUCACUGAUUUGUAUGGGAUGGGGGCGAGGAAGUUCGGGUUCAUCAGUGUCCCCCCGCUGGGCUGCGUGCCAGCGGUGCGGGUGCUCAACGCGACGGGGGCGUGUAACGAUGCCAUGAACCAGGUCGCCAUGGGAUUCACCGCCACGCUUAAGUCCGCACUCGCGGGCCUCGCCCCGAAGCUCACAGGCCUCGCCUACUCCCUCGGGGACUCCUUCGUCGCCUUGGAGACAACCUUCUCCAACCCGCAAGCAGCCGGGUACGAGAACGCGGACACCGCGUGCUGCGGGAGCGGGAGGCUGGGCGCUGAGGGCGGCUACUGCACGCGGACCUCCAAGCUGUGCGCCAACCACGACGCCUACGUGUACUGGGACUGGAUCCACUCCACGCAGCGGGCUGCCGAGCUGGGUGCCCAGGCGCUCUUCAACGAUGGCACGGCCGAGGUCACGACACCCAUUAGCUUCGGGCAGCUGGCCCGCGAGGGAUAACGAUGCACUCUCUACUCAGUCUAGAGAAAGGAAGAGAUUAUUCAUUCAUUGUAGCUGUAAUAUUUUUUGUAGGGAAGAGUGUAGCUGUAAUCUUGUUGUUCUGAAUCUUAAUAAACUACGAAACUCCUCUAAGGGCAUUUCUAACUGAUUCCUUAAAAAUAUUGAAGCAUA